UUCCAAACACAAAAUCCCUAUUCCCAUCCCACGCACAGCUAAUACUGCUUAUGGACAGGGUGAAGCGACUGGAUUCAACCACCAGAUUCCUCAGCAAGCUUCCAGUGAUCCCUUCGCUGAGGAUGACUACACUAAAAAAGGAAAAGAUUACGUGUAUGACUCGGAAGAAGAUGAUGUAGAAACCUGCAAACCGAAGAAGCCAUCUAAAUUUAAAGGAUUCCAAAAACCCAAGGGCAAAGCCAUGCAUCAAGAGUGUGACGAUCCACCCGGAGCUACGUCUAGUGACUACCUGUCAGAUGCCGCCAAGGCUGAGUGGCUGGCUGCUCGGAUGGAUGAACAGGCUAUAGCAGAUCUGGAUGAUGAAGAUGAGGACGGGGACACUGACAGUUUGAUGGAGUGGUGGGGCGCUGUGGAGCAAUGGGAUGAGGUGCCAUCAGACGAUGAGGACACACUCCUAAAAGAGGAUGAGUCCAAGUCAUUCACCAUCUUAGCGGACAAGGUUCAUCGAGGCCUGCGAGUCUUCAACAAAAUCUUCGUAGAGCGAGCUGAGGCCCUCUGGCAGUCCGUCAUCAUGCUCCACGCCAUCGCUGACGACAUCAACAUGUUCCAUCACAAGGCCAAGAUCGCCGGGCUCACUGGUGGCACCGCCACAGCCGUGGGGGGUGUGACAGCCAUCACCGGUUUGGCUCUGUCCCCCUUUACCUUAGGUAUCUCUCUCAUAGUUACCGCUAUUGGUGUGGGUGUGGCCACAGCUGGAGGAAUCACUUCAGCCUCUGCUGCCAUCUCGGAUAACGUUAACAACAUGCACGACCGGAAGAAGGUGGAGAAAGUACUGGAGGACUUCGACGAUCACCUGAAUACCAUUUGGAAGGUCCUCCACUUUGUCAAUCAGGGCCUGUACAAACUCCGCGGCCAUCCUUUACUCAGGACCGGCACCCAACACUACUCUGAGGACUGGGAGAUCCGCAGGGCCGUCCAGAUGAUCGGCUUAGUCGACUCGCCCGUGAUGCGGGGGGUGGAGAUAACGGACGAGGCAAUCGCCUCGCUCCGAGGACUCUUCACAGGCAUUGACAAGUACUUCAUCAAGGAAACCAGAGAGCUGAAGAAAGGCUGCAAGAAAGAGGUAGUGGGUCAAAUAAAGGAGGUGGCAAAUGUGCUCAAUGAUGGGCUGUUGGAGCUCAAUGCCAUCAGAGAGGAGCUACAGGAUGCUACUGGAUACAUGUGAGCACCAUCCUGCAUAAUGCCACCUGGACUGGAGUUAUUCACCACCAGCCCCCUCUCCUGGCGAAAUGAGGGAACUGUUUUAAAGAAACGUAUGGGCCCAGUAGGUUAGUACCUGCUGUUAACUGGAGAGAGUUUUAGACAAUAA